AUGUCGCUUGUGCGUGGCUCCCACGGGGAGCAGGUUUCGGUGGACUGCCACACGCUGGGAGGGGUGCCCGGGGGUACCCUCCGACACUCCCCGUGCCCCCCUGUGGAGCGCAGCAGGCUGUGCCUCUGGGCACGGGGUGGCCCUGAGUCAGGGACGGCUCGGCGGCAGCUGACAGCGCGCAGGAAAGCCCGCGGGACGCCGGCCCCGCACAGGGCGGCCCCUGAGCGGGAGGCGGCCCCGGGGCGCCCUCCAUCCUCAGGGCCCAAGGCUGCCCCGGUGAGGCCCGCGCAGGGGCGGGCGGCCGUCUCCGCUGUGGCCCGACGCCUCUCGGCUGCUGCCGGAUCCGGGUGCCUGCGAGCCGCCCCUCGGUGCUGCCGUUGCCUGGAACCAGGCGGCUGGGGGCACGUGGGUGGCCAGGCGCCCCGCGUGCUCUCGGCCCUGGGCAGGCCGCGUCCCCGCAACCCGGAGCUGAGGGCUGUGGCCUCUUUUCCCGGCUGCCCCGAGGUUGUCUUUGCUGCCUGUGAGCUGGGUGUGUUUGACCUCCUGGCUGAGGCCCCGGAGCCCCUGAGCUCGGCCGUGGUGGCUGAGCGUCUGGGCACCAGCCCCCACGGGACGGAGCUUCUCCUGGACGCCUGUGCAUCCCUGGAGCUGUUGACAGUGGAGACGCGGGGACAAAGAGCUCUCUAUCAGAACACAGCUCUCUCCAGAAGCUUCCUGACGAGGAGCAGCCCCAGGUCCCAGCAGAACAUGCUGCUGUACUUGUCCAGAACGACCUACCUGUGCUGGGGCCACCUGGCCGCGGCCGUGAGGGAGGGGAGGAACCAGUACACAGAGGUGUUUGGCGUUCCCUCCGCGGAGCUCUUCACGGCCAUCUAUAGGUCCGAGGCCGAGCGGGUGCGGUUCAUGCGAGGCCUGCAGGAGGUCUGGAGUGUGCACGGGGCAGCCGUGAUGGGCGCCUUCGACCUGUCGCCCUUCCGGUUCAUCUGCGACCUUGGAGGUGGCUCUGGGGCGCUGGCCAGGGAAUGUGCCGCCCUGUACCCCGAGUGCAGGGUCGUGGUGUUCGACACGCCGGACGUGGUGUGCGCCGCGAGGAGCCACUUCUCGUUUCCGGGGGCGCAGCAGGUCAGCUUCCAGGAAGGAGAUUUUUUUAAAGACCCUCUUCCGGAGGCGGAUUUGUACGUCCUGGCGAGGGUCCUGCAUGACUGGCCGGAUGAGAAGUGCUCCCACCUGCUGGCACGUGUCCACCACGCCUGCAGGCCAGGUGGUGGGGUCCUGGUGGUUGAGAGCCUCCUGGCUGAGGACAGGCGGGGCCCUCUGACCACCCAGCUCUAUUCCCUGAACAUGCUCGUGCAGACGGAGGGCCGGGAGAGGACCCCCGGCGAGUACCGCGCGCUUGUCUCCGCGGCCGGCUUCCAGGACUUCUGCCUCAAGAAAACGGGCAGAAUCUACGAUGUGAUUUUAGCCAGGAAAUGA